CAGCGGUAUAUAUAUAUUGAGUACCACUAAAUAUCAGUCCACCGCCGUGCACUCAAACAGUUCCAGUCUAACUUCUGUCGGACGGAGCACGUAUUUUCAACAUUCAACAUGUUCAGUGUCAGUUGCGUAGUGUUUGUAUUCACGGUUCUAUCUUUCGGUUCAGACCGACCAGUGUCGGCGGCGGAAACCUGUACUAACAACGACGUGUCGACCUGCACCAAUGUCUGCGCUCCACAUCAGCAGCUAUCGUGUCACGGUGGUUUCUGCGGCUGCGAACACAGCGUAGGCGUUGCCGGUACAUGCGCAGUCAAUAAUAUUACCGCUUGUGAGGGUACUUGCACCCAUUUCAACGAUGAAGUUAUGAUCUGCAAUGCUGGAGAUGAAUGCCGCUGUUUCCACCAAACCAAUGUGAUUGGAGCACCCCAGGCCGGAUCCUGUGAGGGAAUGAACGUGACACAGUGCGCAGCCUGUGCCCUGACGAUCGACGCCAGGGUGUGUCACAACCGUCAGUGUCACUGCACUCACAUCAUGGGCGGCACGUGCAAUGCCGGUGACGUGUCUUCGUGUACGGCCGCGCAGUGCGAAGCUGGCUCCUCGAUUGUUUGUCAUCUAACCAGCUGUUACUGCGACCAUAUCAUGGUCUAAGGAUUCCAUCUGCAAACGAUACUGGUCUAAUGAAAUAGCAUACGUUAUCUAAUCACUUGUGACAAAUUUGAUACUGGAGAAAUUGUCGUUCCUUCAGCCAAAUGUCACAUCUCUCAGACAAACGUCGUCGAAUUUACAGGUGAACAAUAAACGUAUUGUGUAACUUGA